AUGACGAAACUUACUUCCAAAACCUGCAUGCAAAUCCAUCAUCUUAAUCAAGAAACCUCUUCAACACUUAUCUGUGCUUUUAAAUUUCACUUCCUUUCUAUGGCCAACAAUCUAGCUGUCUCAGCCACUGAUGGUUGUGAUGAUCAAAUCCCCACCGUUGAUUACUCUUUGCUGUUCUCCGAGGAUCAAAAUGAACGGGCUAAGUCCCUUGAACACCUUGGAAAAGCAUGCGAAGAAUUCGGUUUCUUUUAUCUGAUAAAUGGUGUUGAAGAAAGUGUGGUAGAAGCAGCACUGAAGGGUAUCUCAGAUUUCUUCGAACUGACGAAUCAGGAAGAAAGGAGUGAAUAUUUAAAGAAGGAUUCCAUGGAUAGGAUAAGAUGGGGUCUAAGAUCCCAUGCUGGGGAAAACAGAGAAUAUCUUAAGGUAGUGGCACAUCCUCAAUACCAUUGCCCUACCAAACCAGCCAGCUUUAGGGAUGCCAUUGGAGUGUACUUCAAAGGGAUGCACGAGGUGGAACUCGGUUUAGCAAGAGCAAUCUCGAAAAUCUUGGGAUAUGAAAAAACCUACAUUGAGAAGGAAUUCAGACUCGAAGCCGGCUUCGACGUCUCCGCCAUGAAUCUAUACCCUCCGUCUUUCCAGUCAAAAGGUUCAAUCGGUGUGCCCGAUCAUACCGACCCGGGCUUCUUUGUUUCCCUUAUUCAAGAUGUGAACGGCGGCCUCCAAGUGCUCUCUCAUAAAGGAAGCUGGAUCGCCGUUAACAUACCCUCAAACGCCAUUUUCAUUAACCUGGGAGAUCAUCUGGAGAUAUUAUCCAACGGGAAGUACAAGAGUCACAUACAUCAAGUGGUCCUGGAUAAUAACCAAGUGAAAAGAAUCUCAAUGGCUACACUUCAUGGACCUUCAUUGAACACGGUAGUAGCCCCGGCACCUGGGUUCAUCGACGACUCUCGGCCGCCAGCCUACCGAGGGAUGACCUACAAGCAAUCGUUGGAGUUAAAUGGUUCGGAUGAGAUCGAUGUGCAGUCAUCCCUCGAUCAGCUCCGAAUUCCAUUGGCUAUCUAAUUACAUAAGCUUGUG